AUGAGGUUUCAGUUUCGCACAUGCAAUUUUUGCAUCACCCAUCAAAAGUUGAAGAGAAGUCAUCGGGUAUUAGCCCAUCACUUAGUUUGGUUGAGCAGCUUGACAUUCCCAGGGUUUCUUCGAAAUUUUCACUCUGAUGAGCAUGUGGUGGCUGGAAAAUUGCAAAAGAAGCCUGUACUAGAUUGGAAGAUAUUAGUCAGAUAA